AUGCAGCUCACCUCAAUCCUCAUCACCGCCCUCGCAGGCCUCGCAACAGCCCGCUCAACCCCCUCCGAACGCCGCCAAACCUCCACCCCAGGCUGCCGCCUCGUCGCGCCCACAGACCUAAACUUUGGCGUCGCCGACCUCCGCUCCGGCACCGUCGUCACCAAAGCCCUCACCUUCCCCGUCGGUCCCACCACCGCCGGACCCUGCCAGCUCGUCGGCGCCUUCCGCCAGGGCUUCCCCAUCGACCAGGGCGGCGACGCUUUCGCCCGCCUCGACGUGCGCGCGCUGGACGGUCCCGCUGCGGGCAGCUUGGUCGGCAGCUUUGGGCCGCUCGAGGUGGCGAAUGAUGCUGUCGUGAAGGAUACCGUGCAGGUCGUCAACAGCUUCUCGUGCCGUGAGAGUUUGAGCUUCGAGUUUGCUAUUGCGAAUGAUGCGGAUGUUGACGUUGAUAUCAAUGUUGCGUUCACGGCUUCUGAGCUUGGCGGGUUCUUCGUGCAGGUUGGGGACCAGUGCAAUUGA